AUGCCCGACACUUCUGGGCGCACAUCUGCCAGCCGCGGCGACGACGGCGACCCCUCGUCGUUGCUGGCAUCCCUCGAAUCCCUCCACCUCGCCGACGGACUCGACACCGCCUCCGCUUCGCAGCUCAUCGACGCCUUCUGUCCGCGCUCCGGCGAUGGCUCCACUCGCUCCGCCGCCGUCGCUGCCCUACUCCGCCUCGUCGCAGCCGACAGCGCAGCAGGAACGAGUCCCGGCAGCGCCGCUUUGAGAGGCAAGGCUGGCAUGGGUGCCGUCGCAUCCGGCCUCGGCUCCACCUUCCUCCCGCUCCUCUCCCGUCGCUUCAGCUCUACCGACCCGCAGGAUGCCGAGGCAGGGCUGCGCUUCAUCUCUGCCCUCUUCGCCAUCCUACCGUCAGAGGCGCACCUCAUCCUCACUCACCCGGAAGUGGUUGGCCUCCUCGAUGCGCUACGCCGCUCGGAUGCGCCCGCCUCUGCGGCAGACGACGGCCUCGCCCUCGCCCUAGCCCUCGUCGACCUGCUCAACGCCGCUUUCUCCCACAAGCCCACGCGAGCGGCGCUGGCGGCCGACAGAAGCGUGCGCCAAGGCCUGCAUGACGCCAUCUUGGCCGCCGACGGGCCUACCGCCGACGCACCGGCAGGGAUACCGCAGGCGGGCUCGCAGAGCAGCCAGAAACGGCUGCGUGCGGUCGCCAUCGCGGCCGGGAGCGCCAAGUUCAAGCUCGACAUGGGCGCAGCCAGCGGUGGCGGAAAAGGGCCAGAUCUGGGCACCGCUGCAGGCGGCCCGGCAGCGGCGACGGGGGCGGGCGCGAAGGAGGCGCUGGAGCAGCAGGCUCGACAGCGCGAGGUCGACGCAAGGCGAAACAGGCAAGAAGACGAGCGCCUCGUAGCCCUGGUCCGGCAGGAUCUCGUCGAGCGGGCAGCAGCGAGCGCAAUCGCCACCCAGACGACCACGAAGACGACGGAGACGACGACAACGACCGACGACGAGGCAGAUCGGCAGACGCUCCUCACGACGCUCGAGUGCCUCACCUACCUCACCUUGUCGCCCCGUUGCAAGGACAGCAUGGCCAAGGACAGGGCGCUGCUCGAAGCGCUGGGGUCGUUGCUCAAGCUGCCGUCGUCUCGUCGCUCCGUGUUCCCCGCACGCCAGCCCGGGGUUUCGGCGGGGACGUCGACGGCGGCGCCAAAGUCGAGCUACGACUUCGACCCGGCACGCCCGCCCUCGCAUGCCAGCGCCGACUCGGACCGCUACGACACGGCGCUGCAAUACGGCCUGGCGUCGAUCAUCCACAACCUCGUCGCCUACGCGCCGGAGCGAACCGACGAGGACCAGCAGAUGGACAAGCUCAAGGCCAUGGCCAACGCCUCGUCCACCACCGCUACAAUCGCCGCCGCCGAGGAGGAGGCAGAGAGGAAGCGCCUCGAGACCAGCAACGAGGUCGAGGGGCGGUGCCGGCGCGUGCUCGAUGCCGGUCUCGUCUCGACGCUCGUCGCAAUCGCCACGGCCGGGCCGCCGCCUUCGAGCGCGAGCACAGCGUCCGGCUCGAGCGGCGUCAACCCUUCUCCCUCGAUCCGGAGCGCCGUCGCCGCCUCGCUGCAUAGCAUCUUGACCAAGCAGGACAAGGCAAUCCGCGGCAAAGUGGUGCAGCAGGGCGGCCUCAAGGCCAUCCUGGCCCUGUCGGCGCCAGUCUACGCCUCGCUCGCCACGGCAGCGGCGGCAAAGACGGCACCGAACACGUCCCAGCCCGGCCUCUUUGCCCCGCGACCCGACGGAAGCGGUGCCGGCAACGAAGCAGAGCCAGACCUGGUCCCGCUCCAGUGCCUCGCAAAGCUUCUCGUCACGGCGGAUCCAGUCCUCGUCUUUGGCUCGGCAUCCAACAGCUCGACGGCCAUCCCGCUGCUCGCCGCCCUCUACCUCGCCCCGCACGCCACGCGGCUGCAGACGUUCGAGGCGGCGCUGGCCCUGACGAACCUGAGCAGCCUUUCGGCCUCGCUCGCUACCGCCGUCGCCGAGGCGCGCAUCAAGGUCUCGUCCUCCUCCGUCGCAGCGAGAUCAGACGGCGGGGGCGUCGAUGAGGGGGAGAAUGUCGCGCGACGGGUCGAGACGGUCCUCCUCUCGGAUGACCACGAGCUGAGUCGACGAGCCAACGUCGAGCUGCUGUGCAACCUGCUCCAGGACGAGGGGGUUUGGGGACGCUGGAGCGGCGAAGAGGCCGCCGUCGCCACCUCGUCGACCCAAGCCGGCACGGGCACAGGUGACAGCAAGAAGGUCAAGACGAGACCGGGGCGGGCGCGGACGCGGACGCGGCUCCACGUCCUCGUCUCGCUCCUCUCGGUCGAUGACCUGCCCACGCGCCUGGCGAGCGGGGCGUGUCUGGCCACGCUGUCCGCGUCCCCGCUCGCGUGCGGCCUCAUCCUCUCGCUGCAGCCGAGGAGCAUCGGGUGGUUGGUCCGGUGUCUCGGCGUACCCCUACCUUCGCUCGACGGCGACGAGGACGACGGCAACGACGAUGACGAAGAAGAGGAAGAGGACGGAGGAGAGGGGGCGGACGGGGCGCUGUGGGAUCAACAGACGCCUGUCCUGCCCCCUUCCUUGGCCAAGAGAGCCGACGACAACGACAGCAACAACGACGACGACGAAGAGACAAGGGAGGCGAGGAGACUUGUCAACCGACUCGGCCUGGCGCUGCGGACGGUGAGCUGCCUCGUCAACCUCGUCCGGUACGUCUCCUACCGGCGCGACAGCGAGCAGGGCUCCACCGACGGCGGUAGGAUCCGCGAAAUCACCAACGACGACGCCGACGACGACGACGACGAGGGGAUCGAGGAGCAAGAAGUGGGAUCGAUCGAGGCAGGGGAAAGGCUACGUACGUCAGGGACCAUCGAGGCGCUCAAGCUGCUGGUACUGCAAGAGGUGGAGGCGACGCAGCAGUCGUCUCGACGCGAUGGCGCUGCUCGAGAGGGAGGGCGAGGGGGAAAGGUGGCGGGGAUGGUGCAGCAGCAGCGGAUGCAGGUCGUGAACCUCGCCGUCGAGACGCUCAAGCUGGCAAAGGACAUCGGCGUCCUGGAUUGA